AUUGACUUUUAAUUCUUAAACUUUAAUAUAGUUGAAAUUGGUAGCACUUGUGAGUUACUGACUAUUUUUUUUAUCUUAUUAUUUAAUAGAGUAUUAGUUUAGCAUUACUUAUUAAUUAGUUACUCUAACAGCUCUUGGCGUACAAAUAAAUUAUUUUUCAAAAAUAAUCCUCUAAUAUACCAGGUUGGCGGGUACCCGUUUUAAUUUAUUUUGCAGCCUAUAACCCGAUCCAAUUAAGGCGAAUGGGGUAUUCGACCCGUAAUAUAAUAUUAUUAUUGAUAAUUGACCAGUCAAUUAAACUACGAUCGAUGGGUCAACGGGUCGAAUCUAAGACGGAUCGGUUUUUUUAACACCCCUGUUGAGCAGUAGUGAUUCCAUCACCUUCUCUCUUUCUAUCCCACAAACCAUUUUGUCAUUCUCAACUUUUCCACUAUUCAUUUUCUCUCUCAUCACUCUUUAACGCUGAAUCAAAUUUACUCAAUUUUCUGUCUUUGAUUCAUCUAUUUUUCUUUCACAUUCAUUAUCUACUGUUCAAUUACAGAGUUUGUGAAUUGAAUUUUAAAUCAUCAGAUUACUUUCGAUUUUUUUUUUUUUGGUUAAUCACUGUUUUGUGUUUUAGGUAAACAGCUCGCGGUUUGUGAUCUAAGUUUCAUGAAUGAUUGCAAGAUAAAAGAGUUAGUUUUCACAACCGUACUGCUGGAUGCUAUAUGCUGAGAGCUUGAGGCUGAAUUUGGAUUAUCUGAUCACUCAAGUUGAAGAUUUCUGCAGCCUUCUAUGUUAGGGGGUUAUUUUUUCCAAAUAAAAUGCAGAAUACUGGAGUCCUUCCAAAUAAUCCUUCUGUAAGAGUGCCUACGCAGCAGUCUGCCCGCCGUUUGGGCUUCUGUUCUCAAAUAGCCACUGGGCAGCACUGCUCCCCCGUUGUUUUCCCUGAAAAACGUAGUAAAGGAAAGGGCUCUCGCCAGAAUGAAGUAAUUGCUACAAGCAAUGACCCACAAUCAGCAAAGAGGGAUGAGCACAGAAUUGACGUAGGGGAUGAACAAUCAGACUUGUUAGGAUAUGACGUGCUUUCAGGGAAGUUGGUUUUGGAUAAGCAAAAGACUAAAAGGAGUACAGAUGCCAAGGCAUCAACAGAAAUAAAAAUCCAAGAAGGUUCUGAUGCCAAACUUACCAGCAAGGCGCUAGUUUGGGGCUCAAAUACGUUGUACUUAGAAGAUGUAAUUUCGGUAUCCUAUAGUUCUGGUCUUAGACAUUUCACUAUACACUCCUAUCCAAUAAAGAACCGUGCAUAUUUCCUUUCUUGCUUUAUGAAACCUCAAAGAUGUCAGAAGGAUUUCCGCUUUUUGGCUUCUAACUCGGAUGAGGCACUUCAAUGGGUCAAUGCUUUUGCGGAUCAACAAUGCUAUAUUAAUUGUUUGCCGCAUCCGCUUGUAUCAUCAAAGAAACAAUCUUCAGAGCUUGCUUCUAGUGAUUUUCUAUUUGAACCUUUUGAACCAUAUAUCAAAUGCAAGAGUUCACCGAAAAUGCUUGUGAUAUUGAACCCACGGUCAGGACAUGGUCGAUCAAGCAAAGUAUUUCAUAAAAUGGUUGAGCCGAUAUUUAAGCUUGCAGGUUUUAAGCUAGAGGUUGUCAAAACAACUUGUGCUGGGCAUGCUAGAAAACUUGCCGCCACAGUUGAUUUUAGCACAUGUCCUGAUGGGAUUGUAUGUGUUGGAGGCGAUGGAAUUGUGAAUGAGGUUUUAAAUGGUUUGCUCAGUAGGGACAAUCAGAAAGAGGCUAUUUCUAUACCUAUUGGAAUUAUUCCAGCUGGCUCUGAUAAUUCUCUUGUUUGGACUGUUUUGGGGGUGAGAGAUCCUAUAUCUGCUGCAAUAUCUAUUGUUAAGGGAGGCCUUACAGCAACAGAUGUAUUUGCUGUGGAAUGGAUUCAGUCAGGAGUGAUCCACUUCGGUACAACUGUCUCAUAUUUUGGAUUUGUUAGUGAUGUGCUGGAGCUCUCUGAGAAAUAUCAAAAGCGAUUUGGACCCUUGCGUUAUUUUGUUGCCGGUUUUCUCAAGUUUUUGUGCCUGCCAAAAUACAGCUUUGAACUAGAAUACCUUCCCGCAUCAAAAGGGUUAACCGAGGCCGGAAAUAUUUUUGCUGAUCAGGAUGUUUUUGAUAUGUCUGAUCUAUACAAUGACAUUAUGCGGAUAAAUAAUGCGAAUGGCCUUCCGAGAGCUUCCAGUUUGUCAAGUAUUGAUUCAAUAAUGAGCCCUAGUAGGAUUUCAGGGGUGGAUAUGGAUACAAGUGGCAGUAACACACGUGCUAGCACUGAGCCGUCUGAGUACGUGCGUGGCUUAGAUCCUAGAACAAAACGCCUUUCUUCUGGGAGAAGGAAUGAAUCGGCAGAACCUGAAGUUAUUCAUCCCCAAAUUCCAUUGUCAACAACUCCAAAUUGGCCAAGGACUAGGUCCAAGUCCAGGACAGACAAGGGAUGGACUGGAAUGACCAUCACACAUGAUGCCACUAGAAGUUCUUGGGGAAAUAUUGGACUAGACAAGGAGGAUAUUUCUUCUACAUUGUCUGACCCUGGCCCAAUCUGGGAUUCUGAACCAAAGUGGGACACUGAGCCUAACUGGGAUGAAGAAAAUAGGAUUGAAUUGCCCGGACCAGCUCCUGAAGAAGACGAAGAAGAAAAAAAGAAAGAACUGGCUCAUAGGUUGGACGAUAAAUGGGUGGUUAAGAAAGGACCAUUUCUUGGUGUUUUAGUAUGUAAUCAUUCAUGCAAAACUGUUCAAAGUUUGAGCUCUCAGGUGGUGGCACCUAAUGCUGAACCUGAUGAUAAUUGUUUAGAUUUAUUAUUGGUCCAUGGAAGUGGAAGGCUUAGACUGCUGACAUUUUUCUUACGUCUACAAUUUGGUCGACAUUUAUCCCUGCCAUAUGUCGAGUAUGUGAAGGUGAAAUCUGUCAAGAUCAAACCAGGGAAACAUUCUCAUAGUGGUUGUGGGAUUGAUGGGGAACUAUUCCAGGUUCAUGAGCAAGUGAUAACUUCUUUGCUUCCUGAACAAUGCCGGCUUAUUGGUCGACCACCUAGUCGACAAAUAUGAGGCUAUUGGCAAGUGUAGAUUGUUGUGUUGAUCUUGCAGUUGAGGGGGUGCAGUGCUUGGGUUCCCUCUGCUUUUGUGUGUGCUAAUAGAAUUGUGCAGAACAUUGUAGAUUUGUUUGUAGUUUUUCUUAUGAUCCCAUUCCCAUCCACCAUUUUGUAUGUAAAUUUUGUCAGAUGUUUUCCCUGCUGUUGCAUCUGUGUCCCUCUCGUUCUUUGAUGCUGUGUCUGUGUGCAAGCUCUUAAAUGUAUCGGGAAUUCUGUAAUGUUGCUGAACUUGUACCCUGAGAUAUAUGUAAUAUAAAUCUGUUUCUGCUACGCUUCACCUGCGGCUGAUAUUACUGUAUUAUUAAGACUAGAUUUGUUUGAUUAUUAUUGUUAAUUCUAAGACA